UUCAUGGGAAUGUUCGCCUUCGAUCAGCCGCUCCUGAUGGUCAAGGACCCCGAGCUCGUGGGCCGUGUGUUGGCCUCAGAUUUUUCCUCCUUCUACCGGCUGAAUUUUACCAUACCGGAAUCAGAGGAAUCUGUGGGUGGACGGUCAAUCUUCUCCAGCAAUGGUCCAAGGUGGAAGAUGUUGCGUAAUGUGUUGACGCCAGGUUUCACUUCCGGCAAGAUGAAGCGCAUGUUCCACCUGGUCGAAGAGUGUGGACAGGAAUUGGUAGAGCACCUGACAGCUGCUACGAAAAAAGACAGCAACGUGGAUGUGCACGACCUGAUGGUGUGCUAUACGACUGACGUGGUUUGUUCCACGUUUCUGGGCGUGAAGGGCGGCGCCCUGCAGGACCCUAAGGCUCCCAUACGGCAGAGCCUAACUAGAAUGCUUCGAGACGACUUGGUGGGCCGUCUGGCCCAGUCUAUGAGCUUCCUGGCGCCCAAGCUGUUCGAGAAACUGAACGUCAACGUCUUCAAUAAGCAGCUCGAGGAUUUCCUUUCCAAGACCACUCAAGAGACAAUGGACUACCGCAAGAAAAACGGCGUUGUGCGAGAAGACAGCAUCGACCUGCUGAUGCGCGUCCUUGACGAGUCGAAGCGCAUGGUGGACGAGACUGGUCAGGAAUUCAAAUUCGACCAGAGGGACGUUGUGGCGCAGGUGCUGAGCUUCCUGUCGGCUGGCUUCGAGACCUCCGCCUCGACCAUGAUGUUCACACUGUACGAGCUGGCCCUGAACCAGGAGCUGCAGCAACGCAUCCGUCAGCAGGUGAAGGAGGUGGCCGCCAAGCAUGGCGGCAUCACGUAUGAAGCGGUCGCGGAGAUGACCGACCUCAUAAACACCGUCAACGAGGCCCUCCGCAUGUACCCUGUGGUCAACUUCCUGGACCGGCGCUCGACGCGUGACUACCAGAUCCCCGGCACGUCCGUGGUGCUGCCCAAGGACACUGGGGUGGUGGUCUCGGUGCUGGGCCUGCACUACGACCCCAAGUUCUGGCAGCAGCCGCACCGCUUCAUGCCAGACAGGUUCAGCGAGGAGAACUCCAAGGGCCGGCCCAACUACACCUACAUGCCCUUUGGCGACGGGCCCAGGCAGUGCAUCGGGAUGAGGGCGGGUCAGAUGCAGGUGCGUCUCGGACUGGCGCACAUCCUCAGCAACUUCGUCGUCGGUCCCACGGCGUACACGCCAGUCCCGCUGCCUCUGGACCCCAGGAACUUCAUCCGAAGACCAGAAGGGUCGCUGGUGCUCAGCUUCCAACCUCUGGCGGCGCAGUGACACGUCGUGUGUAGCCAGUGUUCCACGUACAGGGACUGCAGGAAUGGACUGCCACCGUGACAGCUCACACGUCGUGCAUUACUUUUUAUUUUUCAGUUCGCUCUAUUUACCACUUUUUUAGAGCUGUGUACUGAGAGGAGUAACAAGGAAGUGCGAGGAACGUCCAGAAAUGCGUCUCACGGUAGCCAGGAACUAAGUUACGUACUGUUAUGCAAGUCACGGGUGCUGCUUCAUUUGCAACUAUUUAAAUUAUUGCCAUGGUAUAUAUAACCUUUAAAUAUACUUGAUUCUGCUGUGCAUGCGUAUGUGUAAGUAGUGUACUCAUUUGAUUCUUUCUUUAAUGUAUAAGAUGUCCUAAAUAGUGCGGGAAUCCCGCAGUAUGAGUAAUCGUUGCUAGAAUAGCUGUGUUACACUGUCACUGCUAUGUAAACAUUACAUUAUUGGGCGGAAAUUACACUAGACUGACAGUCUAAAAUUAUAAGUAGAACGUAACUCCCAUUUAUUUCCUGUAGACCGUUUC